AUGAUUGCAGUUUAUAACGAUCUUGCAAAAGUUCAUGAAAAUGAAGAACAAUAUCCAUUCGCUGUUCAAUAUUAUGAACAGAUUAUUGAUAUUCAACUCAAAGAAAAUCAUUCAUUUGUCUAUAAUAUGCACCAAGGUAACAAUAACACCUUGCUACAGCUUCGUUUAUCAUUAAAUUACUACCAGUAUCAUAUAUAUAUUUAACUUUUUUUAAUGUUGAAUUGCUUAUUGAAUAUCUUUAUUGUAUAGAUAUGCUGAUCCAAUAGCUAAAUAUACUUCCCAUAAACUUACAUC